AUGACAGCACGCACGAAAAUACAUCCUCAAGAGACCACCACUCAGAAAGAUCAAGACGCAUACGAAAACUCUCCUUACAACACUCUCACUUCAAGCCAUUCCUUAUCUUCUUCGAAUGUGUCCACAAAUUCCAACCUUUCAUUCUUUCGUUCCAUCAAAUGUUGUCUCAUUCUCCUCAUUUCAAGUCUCAUCUUGUUAAGUGUUGUGGUUUUAUCUGCGACUUGGUUGAGUUCCUUUGCUCCAACUGUUUUUCGAUUGAGUAGUUCAGAACGAGAUGGUGAAUUUAAGAGUAUUAUUCAUUAUGCAGAGCAGACGUUGAGAGAAGUGGCAAUUGCGAAUGAAGCAGUGAAACAACAAUUGGUUGGGGAUCGCUUUUCCAUGUAUGAUUAUGAAAAUUCUGAAAGAAAGAUGUAUAGUGCUUAUAAGAGUGGUUUGAGAUAUCAAGAUGGAAUUACCAUUUCUGGUUAUGUUGGCGAUCCUCUCAAUUAUUGUUUUGGAGUUAUUUUAUGGACAGAUACCAUGCCUGCCACUUUUAACAUUACACCAGACAUUCAAACCGUUUACUAUUGUCACAAUUCUUCCUACUAUGAUUAUUGUCAUCGAAGUUCCACACCCGAUGAAACAAUGGCCACUUAUGACUUGUCUGUGAUUAUUGACACGUGUGAAAAACAUCCGAACGAACAGGCAUAUACCUUGAGUUAUGGAUCGAUUGCAAUGCCACAAUAUGUGUUUAUUACCAUUUUGAAUUGUGUUGUGGAUCGAAAUCAAUUGUUACCCUCUCAUAAUUUUUCGUAUUAUUAUGCUGUGGAUUUAACAGUAGAUACUAUUAGUAGCUUUUUGAAGAGUCGUACGAAAUCUAUUCCAAAUUCGAAAGGUUUUAUUGUUGAGACUGAAACAGAAUUCUUGAUUGCUGUUGACAGCGAGGUGGUCAUUACCGAAUAUGCCGCUGAUGGAAGUCUCAAUAGAAAGACCACUGAAACCGUGGACGAUGCAGGCAUUCAAUCGAUUGGAAAAAUCAUUCUCUCUUCGUAUCAAAACAAUUGGAAACAAAUUCCAUGCAAUUCCAUGAUUGUUCUCACUUCCUCUUCCAUGUACAUUAUGGUUGAGAGAAUGUGUACCAAAAACUACAUUGAUUGGAUCGUUGUCUUGGCCAUGCCUCAAUGGAAUUACAUUGGAUCGACCAUUAUUGCGAUCAUUGCUUCCAUUUUUGGAAGUAUUUUAAUUGUCACUUUUGGAAUUAUUUUGGGAGUGUUUGUUUCAUUGAAAAUUGUGAAACCCUUCGAACAUUUAAUUCAAUUAUUCGAGAGUGUGGCUCAAAUGGAUCUCGAUAAAAUUCAACUCAACGAACGAGGUGCCUUCUCUGAAGUGAAACAAUUACAACAACAUUUCAUGAAUAUGGUACAACGUAUGAAAUUAUAUCGAAGUUUCAUUCCAGCUCACUUGUUGUCAGAAAUUGAAAAUUCUCAAAAUGGAAUCAACAAUGAGGACGAUCAAGGAAACUUUCAAAAAAGUGAAAAAGAUUCUGAAAAAGGACAUUCUUCGAAAAGAAGAUUUUCUGAAAGUGAAAAAAGUGAUGGAGCAUCGAGUUCGUCACGAUCGAUGGAAUCUUCAUCGUAUCAUCGAGUCGCAUCGAAAAAGAAUACUUCGAAUGUGAACAAGUUUUCCUUAUAUAUGGAACAUCGAAGAGUGACCUUGUUAGAAAUUCACUUGGAUGGAUUGAAUGAGUGGAUUCAUAUCAUUAGUCCCAAUGAGACGGUCAUGUUAUUAAGUGACGUUUUCGAUCAAGUCAAUAGUAUUUCAAGAGCAUCAGGAGGUCACAUUUCCUCCAUUGAAAAUGAUUCCAUCAUUAUUGCCUUCAACGCUUCUUCUAAUCAAUCCAAUCACGAAGAAAAAGCUUCACAAGUCGCUCGACAACUUCACGACAAACUUCUCUCUGUCAAGUAUAUGAAAUGGAAGAACCAUGAACUUGUCAAAAAGAAACCUCAACUCUACGACAAUAUGACUUUCCGAUUUGCAAUACUUUGUCAAGAAUGUUUUUGUGGAAAUAUUGGUUCGAAUGAUUUUAAGAAUUUCACAAUUAUGAGUAGUUCGAAGAGUAAUUUGGCAUCCUUGAUGGAAGUGUCGAAACGAUUGGAAAUUCCGAUUGUGUGUUGUGAAAAAGUGAAUGCUGCAUGUUCCAAAUCAUUCCAAACGAGAUUUGUGGACACGAAGAAUUGUGUAGAUGAUACCUACAUCAUGUCGGUGACAUUGAAUCAUGAAGUACCUCCACAACACACAACCAAGGUUUAUGAAUUGGGAGGGUCAUUGACUGUUUCACAAGACGAGUGGAUGUAUGAAUUGGCAGAUCAACAAAAGAAGAACAAAUGGAAUUCCUAUAAUCAAGCAUGUCAAUUAUACUUUGAAAAGGAGUAUCCACGCGCUUUGGAGCUGUUCCAAGAAUUUUAUCAAAGUAACACCAAUGACAAGCCUGCAGAACACAUGAUUCGUUUGUGCGAGCAGUUGCAUUAG